AUGUUCAGACAACAAUUGGUUAGAUUCUCCACUAGAAGAGCUUUCUCAUCAUCUAUCAGAUCCCAAGUCCACUUCAAGGAAGGUGUCUACUCCAACGUUCCAGUCAAGAUUCACAACAGAAAAAUCCCAUAUGCCAUUAUCCACUUUGGUUUCUUCUCUCUAGGGUUCUUGGUUCCAUUCUUUGCAUCUUACGUCCAAUUGAAGAAGUCUGGUUUGAUCUAA